AUGAUGGCGGGUACGCAGCCUAGGAGCGAGACUACUGGUAUCUCCGACAGGACAGACGGGUUCGACACUAGCGUCAUUGCGCCAGCCGAGGCACCCAAGAGAUCGCCAUGGAAGGCGUGGAUGUACCUCUGGGAAUGGUAUCCUAAGCAUUAUCCACCGGAAGAGAGGAAGCUUCUGAGGAAGAUGGACGCAUGUCUCUUGACAUUCUGCUCAUUCAUGUUCUUCCUGAAAUGGCUCGACUCGUCAAACAUCAAAAACGCCUACGUUUCCGGUAUGAAAGAGGAGCUCGAGCUGUAUGGAAACGAGUACUCGCUCUUCGACACUUUUUACAAUAUCGGGUACCUUGUCUUCCAGGUUCCCUCUUUAUUGCUUCUUUCUAGACCGAAAGUCGCAAAGUACUAUCUACCUACCAUGGAAGUACUCUGGUCAAUUGUGACUUUUUGCCAGAGUCAGAUGCGCAGUAGAAACGAUAUAUAUGGCACUCGCUUCUUACUUGGUUUACUCGAAACUCCCGUGGCAUCCGGCACCACGUACGUUCUGGGUUCUUGGUACAGGCCUGAAGAGGUGUUUAAGCGUACUGGAGUCUGGUUCGUCUCUAACAACAUUGCCGUCAUGUUUGGUGGCUACCUUCAAGCCGCAGCUUAUAAGAAUCUCAACGGGGUUCGUGGCAUGGCUGGGUGGCGCUGGCUAUUCAUCAUCGACGGGGUGAUAUCCCUACCCAUCGCUUUAGCCGGGUACUUAAUUUUCCCCGGUCUCCCAAGUAGCAAGAGGCCAUGGUGGCUCACGCCCAAAGAGCAUGAAUUAGCUCGGUCUCGCAUGGUCAACGCAGGUGUGCAGCCUAGCAAAGAGCUAAGUUGGACGGUAGCCAAGCGCACAUUCACUCGCUGGGAAUUUUAUAUGGGCGUCCUCUGCUACACCUUUUUCUUGUCCUCAUCCUACCCCCACGGACAAAUGGCCAUCUGGCUCAAAGAUCUCACAGCCAAGCACCCAGGUGCAUACACUGUGCCGCAGAUCAACACAAUCCCUACCGGUGCUCAAGGUGUCUCUGUUUUCGCUGCUAUACUCGCAACUUCGCUAUGCAUGGUGUACCCGCUUUGGUCCAUUUUCUCCAUUGUCCAAACCAUUUACAUCAUAGCAAACAUCUCCCUGUUGAUCUGGAACAUACCAAAGGGUUACCACUUUGCCUGCUAUUAUCUUCUCGGCGUAUCAGCAGCGAUAACACCCAUACUCAUGCCUUUUAUCAACAUGGCGCUGCGUGAUGAUGCUGAAGCACGCGCGGUGACCGUUGGGGCGAUGCUGACGGCCGGGUGGGCGGUAUUUUCAUUUUAUCCCAUUACGGUAUUUCCGAUUGUUGAGGGCCCGAGAUGGACGAAAGGGUAUGCGGUUAAUAUUUGCUUUGUUGUUGGGUGUUGGGCUACGUUUUUGAUUAUGCAGUAUUUGUAUAAAAUGAGUGAGAAGAGGAAACAAGCGCUUGCUGUUGGGGAGAUGAUGAAGAGUGAUGAGGAUAUGGUGGGGGUGGAUGUGUAUGGCAAAGAUGGGGCCGAGAUGGAGCGUGGGGAGUCGAGGUGA